UUGUUUAAGAUGCGAUGGAACGGUUGACGAAAUAAGAAAUCACAGAAAAAAUAUAUUGACUGAUAUUGAUUUAUUUAGGGGGGGCUAAUUCAUAUUUUGGUUCUAGCGACGUCCCUGAUUCCUACCCUUUAAUUUUUUGUCUGAAAAUUAAAUUUACAUUUUACUCAACUGCGUUACCCACUCCAGUCAGCAGAUUGCGGUCUGCGACUUUAAGGCAAUGCUGCUACUGUGACGUAUAAUCUAGUGGACGGAACGCUUCUUUCAACAGCAGCAACAGACAGUCAGCCACCUCGGUAGCUUGCUAGACAAAAUAGCUGAACCAAUAAAGCUCUUUAGACGCUUUAGUGUAUAUUAGCCACUGUAUUUUAAAACCACUUCUGUCGCCUAAUUAGUUAUCCGUUUUAAUUUCAUAUUUACGGUAUUGUUUUUAUUCAUCUAGCGGGCUGGUUAAGUUAGCAUUAGCCUAGCUAGCUAACAUCUUCAACCAUGAGGUCACUAAGCUACUCUCUUGUUAAUGAAGAGGAGGACUGCUGGACAGAGAAAGAAGCUCUCGUCAAAGAGGAGAAGGAAGAGAAGGAUAUCACAGUAAAACAAGAAGUAGAGGUUGAGGCUGUUACAGUGAAAGAGGAAGAGGAUGUUACAGUAAAAGAAGAGGAGAAAGAGGAGGAUGCAGUUUUUGGAGUGAAAGAGGAGGAGAGGGAAAUGACUGUCACAUUGAAAAAGGAGGUGGAAGAAGAGGAGGAAACUGGAUUUCUGGACUCGGUUUCCCAAACGCAUCUUAACAAUGGUUCUAACGAUGAACGGGCCCUGGUUAACACAAGAGAGAUACGGAACUAUCGUGGAUCCUCUGGGGAGCCUCACCAACCUCAUGAUGCUGACGAGGCAGAGAAGAGUCUCUCCAGAUCAGAACUCCUCAAGAAACAUCUGCAGAGAUCCACAGGGAAGAGAUACACCUCAUCAGGCAUUAACGUUCAUCAGAGAACACACACAGGAGAGAAACCUUAUAGCUCUGAUCAAUGUGGGAAGAGUUUUGGUCAAUCUGGAGAUCUGACAGUGCACCAGAGAAUACACACAGGAGAGAAACCAUAUAGCUGUGAUCAAUGUGGGAAGAGUUUUACAACUUCUGGCUAUCUGACAGUGCACCAGAGAACACACACAGGAGAGAAACCAUAUAGCUGUGAUCAAUGUGGGAAUAGUUUUAUUACAUCUGGCAAUCUGUCUCGACACCAGAGAAUACACACAGGAGAGAAACCUUAUAGCUGUGGUCAAUGUGGGAAGAGUUUUACUACAUUGAGCUCUCUGACUAUACACCAGAGAACACACACAGGAGAGAAACCAUUUAGCUGUGAUCAAUGUGGGAAGAGUUUUGGUCGAUCUGGAGACCUGACAGUGCACCAGAGAAUACACACAGGAGAGAAACCCUAUAGCUGUGGGCAAUGUGGGAAGAGCUUUGUUCAAUCUAGCUAUCUGACAGUGCACCAGAGAACACACACAGGAGAGAAACCUUAUAGCUGUGAUCAAUGUGGGAAGAGUUUUACUACAUCGAGCUCUCUGACUAUACACCAGAGAACACACACAGGAGAGAAACCUUAUAGCUGUGAUCAAUGUGGGAAGAGUUUUACUACAUCUGGCUCUCUGACUUUACACCAGAGAACACACACAGAAGAGAAACCUUAUAGCUGUAAUCAAUGUGGGAAGAGUUUUACUACUUCUGGCAAUCUGACUUUACACCAGAGAGUACACACAGGAGAGAAACCUUAUAGCUGUGAUCAAUGUGGGAAGAGUUUUUGUCAAUCUGGCUAUCUAAUAGUGCACCAGAGAACACACACAGGAGAGAAACCUUAUAGCUGUGAUCAAUGUGGGAAGAGUUUUUGUCAAUCUGGCUAUCUAAUAGUGCACCAGAGAACACACACAGGAGAGAAACCUUAUAGCUGUGAUCAAUGUGGGAAGAGUUUUACUACAUUGAGCUCUCUGACUAUACACCAGAGAACACACACAGGAGAGAAACCAUUUAGCUGUGAUCAAUGUGGGAAGAGUUUUGGCCAAUCUGGAGCGCUGACAGUGCACCAGAGAACACACACAGGAGAGAAACCUUGUAGCUGUAAUCAAUGUGGGAAGAGUUUUACUACUUCUGGCAAUCUGACUUUACACCAGAGAGUACACACAGGAGAUAAACCUUAUAGCUGUGAUCAAUGUGGGAAGAGUUUUUGUCAAUCUAGCUAUCUGACAGUGCACAAGAGAACACACACAGGAGAGCCAAUGUAUAGCUGUGACCAGAGAUAAUCUGAUAAAAGAUCUCUGACUAAUCAUCAGAAAAUACAUUAAGGAGUUUUCAUGAUAUCAAUGAAAUGAUGUCACAAUGUAGAAUGUUUUAACAUUGUAGUAGGAGUAUUUUAAUGAUGUCACAAUGUAGAAUGUUUUAACAUUGUAGGAGGAGUAUUUUAAUGAUGUCACAAUGUAGAAUGUUUUAACAUUGUAGGAGGAGUAUUUUAAUGAUGUCAUAAUGUAGAACCCUAAAUGUUUGUCCCCUGUUCUAUUGAUUUCAACAUGAUAUGGAUAUUAUCCUCAGGGGAAAAAUCCAGGCUCUGAAUUGAAUGAGUACUAUUUAUGAGAUUUAGUAAGUACACAUUAUUCCCAGAUUCAGUGUGGUUUUUGAGCUGCUAGUUUUAACAGGACGUGCAACCUCAUCUCCCUCCUGUCACAUAAAUGAUUUUAGCAUGAUAUCGAUGAGUUAUGACAAAUAAGUGUUGAGUUCCUUUGUUUAGCGACCCCUACAUUUAAAUGCAUUCCAACAUCACGUACAACCUGAUUUCCCCCCUAAUCGAUAUCAGUGAUUUAUUGCUACUUGUCAAAACAACACUGUUUCUGGUGCUUGUGCAGUUUAUAAGGAGCUUGUUUAAAAAAAUACAAGAAAUAUGAUUAUUGUGGCAGAUGUUUGUGUAAAUAGCACAUGUUAUGUUUAGGUUUUCAAUUUAUCCCAAACUGUUUCUACAUAUUGGUUAUUGAUUUGGACACGUUAAAACUGUGUUUUGACAUUGAGGCUAUCCCACCUAGCAAAAUGUAAUUGAAAAGUCGUUGAAAAUAAGACUAUGCAAUCUUAUUUUUUUUAAACAUUUUUUAUUAUACCAUGCCUUACCAUUAAGUGAAUUAUUGACAAUACAUAUUAUCAAAGGGGUGUACAUUUGGUUUUGGUAUUUCAUGUUUACAAUUCAUGUAACUUUUAGUAAUCAUAAUUAUUUAUGCAAUCAACUGACAAUUUUUUGGUAUAAAUAUAUUGACAUUGUUGCCCUUCUUUUAGAAUAUCAGGGUUCAUUCUCAGAUGUGCCAACCCAAAUGUACUAGAGCAUGACAUUGGGGACUGGACCCCGAUCCAACAACAUGCCUAUCGAGUGAUCCCUGAAAAGAGAGAGCUCCACAGUGAGGUGGAAAGUUACUACGGAUAUUGCAGGAUUUUCCUCUUGAAAUCAGACACAUCCGUGGUAAGGACAACUUGGUUGCUGAGUGUCUCAAGAAUGGGCAGUCAAAAAGAUUUGUGUUUUGCAUUUAGCCAUUGCGUUGCCAUGGAUCACAAUUUAUUUUGACUGCACGUUUUUCCGUAUUGGAGAUGAGUUUUGUUUGGGCUCGUUCCAAGGGGACGAGAGUUCUAGAAGCUGGUGAGUUUUAGGAAGACGAAAGUUCUAGAAGCUAUUGAGUUCUAGGAUUCUAUAGAAUGAAAAAGAAGAAAAAAUAAUACGAUUGUAUAUUAUUAUUUAGAAAUGCUUGUUUUUCUUGUUUUUAAUUGUUGACAGCCAGUAGACACCAUGUUUAUAUUGUAGAAGGUGAAGCAUUGUAGUUGAUUUAUAAUGUGAAAUGGAAGUUGUUUUCUGUUGGUGGUGAGCAAACUUGUCCAACAAAAAUUAUAGGAUUUAUUUGUUGUUUCAAGGGGAAAGGUGUUCCAGGCUUUCGUUUUUCCAUUUAUGUUUUGAGGUUGGACUUUAGCACGUAUAGCUCGUUAGCACGUAGGGCACACUGAUUGGUGUCACCUCGUUAGUUAGUAUGUGUAACACCAGUUCUUUUGUUUGCCUGUUCUUGGGCAGAUUUAGUGGAUCUCAUGGUGGGUGACUUUUAUGUCCCAGUUGUUGUUACUAGUCAACUUUCAGUGGACACUGAGAGCAAAAUUGCAAGAUUAUGUUAUAAUUCUUUUAUUGGAUCAAAUGGUUGUUUUAUGCAACAGAAUAGAGGGUUCUUAGAACUAUUGUGUCUGUGUGUUUUACUGAGGAUGGGCCUCUGGGAGAAAACACUGACAGGAGAUUUACAAUGUCUUUUGGGUGAUAAAACCUAAAGAGACCACAUUCCAGAGCAUGAGUUAAUGUUUCUGUUCUAUAUGGCACCAGGGAGAGAUGACCCCAGGGCCAGACCCUGGUCUCUACACAAAGAGUACUGUUUUUACAGCAGAUACUGUCUGCUGAGAAUUAUAAGUAUCUUUCAUACAAAUCUUAACCUUAUGACCCGUUCUAUACAUCUGUUGUUGGUCAUGUAGGUUGAAAGGGUUGUAUCUUGCCUAUAAAAGACCUUUGUACUUUUGUCUCGGGGCUCUCAACGAAUCUCUGGGGGUGAUUCAUCGACCAGCCAUCAUUAUCGUAGAGCACUCAAUUGAUUCACUUUAUAUGUGUGCAUUGUAUUGACCUGCUCCCUUAUUAAUAAGUGAAUAAAGAUUUAGUUUAAGAAUAA